CAUUCAGCUGUGUGGAAGUAUCCCAACAGAGACAGUAGCAGGCACAACAAGGACUGGGAAGGUGAGGCAACUCAGGUUAUCAGGGUUUCUCAAGGACUUUGACAAUGCUGCUCCGCUCUAGCCGCCAAAAACCGUACGAAGUGCCUGCCUCUGGAAGGCAACUGGCUAAAGGGAGAUCUCUGCGGUGCAAUAUAGCAGCAGCUGCUGAAAAGCCAGUGUUUAGUCUGCGAAAAACAGUGAAGUGCUAUUUACUGACUGAAGAUUCAAAAACAGUGCAUUUUGACUUAGAUGAAGAUGGUCAUCAUGAAAUAUCAACCAAAGAUUCACAGUCCCAUGAAGAUAUCGCGUGGUUAAGCAUGUUCACAAGCAAUGAACCAGCAGUUAGUGCGAAAACAUGCUCUAAAAAUGUGGUGGUCCUCACACAGAGAUCAAAGCAUAAUGAAUUUGUCCUGUUGUGCAAGGGUAAAAAGCAGCUCUGUCUGAAGGUCUUAAAAGGAUGUUGUUCAGAGCCAGAUUAUCCUUCAGUGAGAAGACGCAACAGUAAAACAUGCAAGCACGAAGAUCCUGACUUCAAACAGCUGAGCGAAGACAAUCACUUUUUCAUCAUGCAUUGUGAAGGAGAGUCUGUGAAAUUCCAGUGCUAUGAAGACACAAAUUAUUUUCUGCAUGUGAAUGAUGACUCACUUGAUAUACGCAAGCCGGAUCACAAAGACCCCAAUGGAGAGAAAAAUUUUUUCUUCAGGGUAUCAUACUUAUAGAGAAAAUACUUCUUCUACCCUUCAGUGGCCUAAGUGUCCAUACAGCUCCUAUAAUAACUUAACAGGAAAGAAGAAAGGUUGAGAUAAACUAAUUUCCAUUUUGCCUUA